GAUGACUAUCGUAAACAAAACAAUUUGAACUUUGGACAAAACUUUAUCUUUUCUUUCACAGCAUUUUCAAAGUUUUCUUUACUCCUCACUAGUCCUCACACGCACCUCACAUUGCAACAAUGUGGUUUUGGUUUAUUUCCUUAGCAUUAUUUGCUUGGCUUGCUAAAUAUUACUAUAAAUUCACCCACGGUAUUUGUAAAAGCAACGCUCGACUGACUAAUAAAGUGGCUAUAGUAACUGGAGCCAACUCCGGCAUUGGAUAUGAAACCGCGAAAGACUUGGCCAACAGAGGAGCUAAAGUUAUUUUAGCAUGUCGCGAUCAAACAAAGGGAUUAGCAGCGAUAGAUGCUAUCAUAAAGGAAACUGGAAACAAGGAGGUAUAUUUUCAACCAUUGGAUUUAUCAUCUUUAGCCUCAGUUCGGAACUUUGCCAAAGCGAUCGAGGCUCAGGAAACCAGGCUGGAUAUUCUCGUCAACAAUGCUGGAACAGGAAAGUUGGACAACUCUCUAACAGAGGAUAAACUCCCCAUAGAAAUGCAAGUGAAUCAUUUUGGUCCGUUCUUGCUGACGGUCCUGCUGCUGCCUCUGCUCAAGUCCUCUGGCUCCAGCCGUAUUGUUAAUGUGUCAUCUGUAAUGCACUACUUUGGGAACAUAGACUUGGACAAAAUUCAUUUGCCAGCUAAAAAUGCUUUUAAUCACUCAAGGGUAUAUGCCAACAGUAAACUGGCUAAUAUACUGUUUACCAAGGAGCUUCAUCAAAGGCUGUCCGGGUCCCGAGUGACCGUGAACUGCCUGCACCCCGGCGCCGUCAACACAGAGAUAUUCCGGAAUCAACCACGCUUUGUGAGAAGUAUUUUUAGGUUUUUCUUCAAAACCCCCUGGGAAGGGGCUCAGACCAGCAUCUACCUGGCAGUCUCUGAAGAAGUGGAAGGAGUCAGUGGCAAGUACUUUGUGGACUGCGAAGAAGCAACAGUGUCAUCAAAAGCGAGGAAUUCACUUUUAGCCACCCGGCUGUGGGAGAGGACUGAAACUCUUGUGUGUAGAUAUAUGGAGUAAGAUAUUGUGUUUAAGAAUAGUGAAGUUUUGGUUAUGUUAUAAAGCCUUAUUUAUAAUAUUUAUGCAUUCCAUUGUAAAAGUAUUUUAUGUGCCAUAUUGCACAAAUGUAACAAGUAUCUACUAAUUGCCAUAAAUGGCUGUUGUAAAUUACCAUUAGUAUGCUAAGAUAAACUUAAACCAAAUUGAGUAAACUUUAAAAUAAACUUUAUUUAGUCACAAAUACACAGUAAAUUAGCUAUAAAAAAUAUUAUUAAUAAUAAACAUUUCUUACAUACA